UACAACAACAAGUCCUACCAUAACUUCUGCGGAGGGGCAUUUUCGUAAAAAUGGAGAUUCCUUGAUUCACUAAAAAGAAAGCUGUGUCCUUUACUCUCCUCCUCUCUCCCGCUCCGUUUCCCAAAGCAUUUUGCUAAAAAGUCGAUCCAUCUUCUUUGCGUUUCUCCUCGUUUAAGAAAUAGAAACCCUAAUAGCUCUUUAUUCAGAAGAAGCCCCACCUCUUUAGAUCUUGGUCCCACCACCCUUCUCCGGCAAAAGAAACCCACCCCAUACACACCACAGUUCAGUUUGGGUUUUUCCUUUAUGGAUAUGCAGAGGUUAUGAAUAGUGGUAGUUCAGAUUCUCAUGAUCAUGAUGAAUCAGUCCUUAUUGAUGGUGUAAUCAAGCAGAAUCCGGAUGUUGAUUUUCUUGAGAAUGACCCCCGGUUAACUGUUUCAAGAUUCGGUUACAGGUGGAAUGCCAAAUGCAGUUGAGAGUCCAGUGUGUAAAGAUGAUGAGUAUGAACAAAGAUUGUUGGUGCCGGAAUCUUGUGGUGAGAAAAGUUUGGUACUUGAGAAGGCUAAAGAGAUUGCUGGUCUGCGCCGGGAACUAGAGUUGAUUUCUAAGUUGCUUUCGGGUCAUGAAAAGGGAGACAUUAAGACUUUGGAGGACCAUGAAGGAACUACUGAUCUACUGCGACGUAAAGUCUCUGGUAAGAAUAUAGGAUCUGUCCCGUCAAAGCCUGAGAAUUUAGAGUAUUUAAGACAGUUGCCGCGUGAAGAGUUGAUCAACCAUUUUAAGACUCAGAUGAAUCGGUUGAAAAGAGAGCAUGAGUGCACAAUGCAAGAGAUGACUGAAGAGUAUUUUAGCAUUAAGCGAAGAUGUCUGAAACUAGAGGAGUGCCCUUCACUUUCUUCUUUGAACAAGGACAAGGAUUUUGAAAAGAAGAUCCCUGAUAUCAUUUCGAAGCUGGACAAGGUUCUACUGGAAGAUGCCAAGCUUAAAGGAAAGAACAAUGCUGAUUCCAAGAGGGAAUUAGAUUUUAUGCUUCUAGAAAACAGUCGGCUUAAAGAUUCACUUUCAGAGGCUGGUGAGAAGGUGUCACAUCAUCGAGAGUUGGUCAGGAAGCCUGAAUCAGCCGUUGAGGAUUUGCAUGUUGAAGCAUCUAUCUAUGAAGAUGUAUAUGGGUCUUUUGUGCGAGAGUUUGUGAACCAGAUUCAGUGUGCAAAAGAAGAGGCUACUUUGGAGCAUAGCAUCAGGAGAGAAGAAGCCUCCGCAAGCAAGAUUGCUCUUGAAGACUCUUGUGUGGAGUCCUGCAUGGAAGAAGAGUACUGCGCGAUAAUGUACAAAGAAGCUUUGAAGGAAGCUGGUGAAAAGCUUGUAGAGCUGAAGAUAAAUGUAUCAGAAAGAGAACGAGCUUUGGGAUCGGAGAUUGCUGAGAAAGGAAUACUGAAAGAAAAGAUUCACUCGCUUGAAUGUCUUGUUAAGGAGAAGGAGAAUGAUUUGGCUACAGUGAGGGAGAAGCUAGAGAUAGUAUGUCAACAUGUUAACAAUCUGCAAUCUCAAGUUGAUCAGCAAGCAGUAGUGAUUCAAGAUCAAAGCAAAGAACUGGGAGUUGCCUCAUCUCGCGAUCUGGAAAAGACAAAAGGUUAUGCUAUGGAGAUAUCUGAGUUGAGACAGAAGCUUGGGUUAGCUAGAAAGAAUAUGAAGAUAACCGAAAAGGAGAGAAUGAAGUCUGAGCUGAAAUUAUCAUCAACGCAAGCAGAGCAGAAACUACUUCAGGAUCAGAUUGUAUCUACGGUUCUGAGUCUUGCUAUGUGGAGUCAAGAUUUCGAGUGUUUGGUAGCAGAAAAGACGAAAAAGACUAACUAUAGGUUGAAAAGUAUGCAGAGCCAAUUAAAUGAUCUUAUAGAUGAAGUUGAUGAACUCAAGAUUAGAGAAUCCAUGUACAAGCAACAAAUGGAGAAGAAGACUUGUGACCUCCAAAAGGCUGAGACUGAGGUUGAUCUCCUGGGUGAUGAAAUCGACUCUCUCUUGGACCUGUGUCAGAAAAUAUAUAUAGCUCUUGAUCAUUACUCACCAAUUCUGAAGCAUUACCCUGGCAUUAUGGAGAUCUUGAAGCUUGUCCAGAGAGAAUUGACAAGAGACUCAAAGAGAUUAUCGGUAUUCUGACCAAGCCUUUGUAUUAAUCAAGUAAUCUCUUUUUACAAGUUUCAUUUCACCCCUGUUGUUUAGUAGGUAUGCUUUGUAACCAGAGAGAUGAUCAAUAGCAAGAAUUAGUGUUGAAGAUAGUUUUUCUUAUAUC